GAAGGCAUUUUUAGAGAGAGAAAGUUUCGGGGAACCAACGAGCACGAAGGGGGACGAGCCUGCAGCAUCAUUUCAAAUCAAAAUCACACGCAGUUACACGCACUGACCUAUACAUACACGUAUUCGUAUGUAUACGUUCAUCUUCGUUGCCAUGCUGUAGCGGGAAUGCUCUCAUAGAGUCGGGUGCUGUAGGGCAAAAUAUGCAAUCAUUGCUUUGAGUUGAGGUACCUUGUGCUAUCAGAAGCAAAACCCUAGGAGCUGAGGGGGAAUUUGCGGGGGCCUAUCUCUUGAGCCCCAAGCUGCAAUUUGUUCGUGGCCAAUCGCAAUUGAGGAGUUUGCUUUUAGUUUUGAGUUCAUGGAGGCAGUAAUUUGUAGCUUUUGAACUGGGGGAUGCAUGGAUGCAACUCACCGUCUGUUCCCUUAGUAAAUGCCGAAGUUGAGUCUAUGGGAGGAGUUGUGGAAGGCGGAGUUGGUAUUGCUCACAAAACUUCUCCCAGACGAGCAGCAAUUGAAAGGAUCCAAGGAGAGCUCAGGCAAGAGUAUAAUGUUCGGGAUAAAACAAAAAGAGAAUUGGAAUUUCUUGAAAAAGGUGGAAAUCCCUUAGAUUUACUUAAGCCUGGAGAUGCUGCUUCUGUUAGUGUCCAGUCAACUUCAUUCACCAAUCAACAUCAGGAUCACUUUGUUACCAGUGAAGCAAAAGGCAGUUUUGCAUUCACUGCAUCGCCCCAUGGAGACUCUGUGGAGAGUAGUGGUAGACUUGGGGCAAAUCCUUGUGAACCCAAUAGUGCUGAUAACCUCAUGCUAUUUGAUGGUGAGCAUGAGUGUUCUGAGGGUGAUAAGAUUUCAUUACAUCCUAGUAGGAGUAAAAUUGUGCUACCAGAAAAGUUAUCUCAGAUGGAUGGGAGUCAUAGGACUCGGGAACAUGGUGAAUCAGCUGCUUUUAGUGUACCUAGAAAAGCGUAUAAGAGAAGGAAUAGAUCCCGUCCAAAUCGCGAUGGGAUUAGGUUAAGUUCAGUUGAUGUAAAUACAACUCAUGGCAGUGAUGGCUCUUCUCUACCUUCUCGCCAUGGCAAGGAGCUUAAAGGACAAAUAUCUGAUGCAGAUAAUCGUAAUAUUUCAAUAAAUUGUGAUUCAAAGCCUAUAUGUGCUAAAGAUGGUGGCAAGACUGGACCGGUGGAGACAAAACAGGACAUGGAGUUAGGUGAUGGAAAGGCUGUAGAGUCAUCUAAAAAUCUGCUUGAAUGUGUUCAUGUGGAGGCUGCAUCAGAUGCUAUUGCUUCUGAGAUCCGUCUGGAUGAUCAAUGUAAUCAACAAUCACACUCAGGUGCUCUAGAGACUCCCAUUCAAAUGACUUUUGAUGGAUCUGAGGCCAUACAGACAACUGAAGAGAUGAGUUCUGCAGUUAAUGAGUGUCAGCAUAUUGAGUCUGCCAAUAAAAUUGAUAAUAAUGAAUCUAGUUCCUGUCCAAUCAAUGGCAUCAGCAGCGAAAAGGAUGGAACAAAAUAUGAUGCUCAUAACACGACUGACAUGAAGGUUUUGGAUUCUGCAUCAUCUUGUGCACUAACCAACAAAAGUAUUGAUGGAAACAAUGAUGGUGAUAUGUGUAAGAAAAUUACAAAUGCCGAUGUAAAUGGGCUGAUCAAAGAUCAGACCUUACCCUCAAAUGGGACGCCAUUCGUAGAAAGUGAUGAGCUUGUAAUUGAAAAGAGACAUACAAGGGAUGUUGGUGGUUGUGCUCUUGACAACCCGGAGAGCUCCUCAGCAUGUCUAAUGCAGCAAGAGAAUGGCUUUAAGCAGAAACAUGAUGAAGAAUUAAAUGAUAGUGGAUCUGCUAUGAAGAGUGAGGUGAAGAAUCAAAUUGUUAAUGAAGUGAUGGAACCUUUUGAACCAAGGGGGUUAGAAUCAGGAAUAAAAACUGAUCCUGCUUUGAAUGACAAUCUUGGACCACGUAAUGAAAUUCCAUGUGCUGUUAAGAAUCAAAAUUCUAUUGAUACUUCAACUUCUGAUUUCCCAAAUGGUGGAUCUUUGACUAAGAAUUCUACUAUUUCCCUUGAGGCUCAAACUUCUUCCUGUUCGAACUCAAAACUACAGCCAGAAAUUGAUGAAGAUUCAAUCUUGAAAGAAGCACAGAUUAUUGAGGCAAAACGAAAGAGGAUUGCACAAUUAUCUGCUAUGACUUCUGUGAGAAAAAUACGUCCAAAAUCUCAUUGGGAUUAUGUGCUUGAAGAGAUGGCAUGGUUGGCAAAUGAUUUUGCUCAGGAGCGUGUUUGGAAAAUAGCUGCUGCGGCCCAAAUAAGUUCUCGAGCUGCUUUUGCUUGUCGGUUGAGAAAACAUGAGAACAAUUCUGGUAUGGAGGCAAAAAAAGUUGCUCAUACCUUGGCAAAAUCUAUCAUGGAGUUCUGGCAUUCGGUUGAGGCAAAGACCAUAUUACCUGAGCAAGAAAGUCAAAAGGAUGACACCCUUCCUGUUAAGGCUUAUGCAGUGAGAUUUUUGAAACAUAACAAUUUCAACUUGAUUGAUAACCAAGCUGAGGUACCACCGACUCCAGAUAGAGUAUCUGACACGGGGAUCCUUGACCUCUCAUGGGAAGAUAAUUUAACAGAAGAGAAUCUCUUCUAUGCAGUCCCUGCUGGGGCCAUGGAGACCUAUAAACUCUCAAUAGUAUCACAAUUUACACCGUGUGAGAACUUAGGAAACACUGUUCAAGAGGAAGUGGAAACAUCUGCAUGUGAUGCCACCGAAGACUUUGAGUCUCAAGAUACUGCAUAUGAUGAGGGUGAGGGGGACAUAAGCCCAUAUAGCAUGCCAAUGGCCUUUGAUAAGUCCUCAAGAUUUGGCCAAAAGAAGCGUAAACACUUCAUACAUGCUUAUGGGGUGAGAUCGUAUGAUGUAAGCUCCGACAUAUUGCCAAUGCAAUAUGCUGAAAAUAAAGUUGCCAAUCAACCAACUGCUUUAAUGGUGAAGCGGCCAGGUGGCAGUCUUAAUGUGUCGAUCCCAACAAAACGUGUUCGGACUGCUUCCAGGAGAGUUAUCAGCCCAUUUAGUGCAGGAACCUCUGGAUGCAUUCAGGUACCUAAUAAAACAGAUGCUUCGAGUGGCGAUACCAAUUCAUUUCAGGAUGAUCAGUCGACUCUGCAUGGUGGAUCAUUUGUUCCAAAUAGCUUGGAAGUUGAGUCAGGUGCGGACUUCAAUAAGCAUUUACCAUUUCACUCGGCAGAAAUCGUGACAAAACAUAAGAAGAAGAAGAAACCCAAGCAUCUGAAUGCUUCUUAUGAACCAAGAUGGCAGGUUGAUACUACCUUCCAAAUAGAGCAGUUUCACAGGGAUAACUUAAAGAGAAGUCAUCAACUUGAGUCUAAUGGCAACAGUGGUUUAUUUGGUCAACCCAUGAUAAAGAAGCCGAAGAUUAUGCGUCCAUCACAAGAUAAUUCUUUUGAGAAUAUUGCUCCUGGUGCUGGUUCUGCUCCUUCUCCAGCAACCUCCCAAAUGAGUAACAUGUCUAAUCCAAAUAAAUUUAUUAAAAUGCUUGGUGGUCGGGAUAGGGGUAGAAAGCCCAAGAUUCUGAAGAUGCCUACUGGACAAUUGGGUUCAGGAAGUCCAUGGACUCUCUUUGAGGACCAGGCACUUGUUGUCCUGGCACAUGACUUGGGCCCAAACUGGGAGCUUGUUAGCGAUGCUAUCAACAGUACUCUGCAGUUCAAGUGCAUAUUUCGCAAAGCUAAGGAAUGCAAGGAGCGCCACAAUUAUUUGAUGGAUAGAACUUCUGGUGAUGGAGCAGAUAGUGCUGAAGACUCGGGGUCCUCUCAACCUUAUUCUUCUACAUUGCCUGGCAUUCCCAAGGGAAGCGCCAGACAGUUGUUUCAGCGUUUGCAGGGGCCAAUGGAAGAAGAAACCCUCAAAUCUCAUUUUGAAAAAAUCAUCAUUAUUGGGCAGAAACAACAAUACCGUAAAAACCAGAAUGAUAAUCAGGACCCCAAACAACUCCAGCAACCUCAUGGCUCUCAUACAGUUGCCCUGUCCCAAGUUUGCCCAAACAACCUAAAUGGAGGCCCUGUUCUCACCCCUCUGGAUAUCUGUGAUGCCCCUAUUACUGGCCCAGACAUACUUCCUAUUGGUUAUCAAGGGCCACAUACUGGUGGAUUAGCCAUUGCGAAUCAGGGUCCUGUGACUGCAAUGCACCCUGCAUCUGGUGCCGGUUCUGCACUGCAAGGAUCGCCAAAUAUGAUGCUUGGCAACAACUUCUCAUCUUCACCAGGCUCUAUGAGGGAUGCUAGAUAUGUUGUUCCUAGACCUGCUUCAGCCGACGAACAGCAGAGAAUGCAGCAGUAUAACCACAUGAUGACUAAUAGGAAUGUGCCGCAGCCCAACCUUUCUCCUUCUGGAGCUCUUCCAGGAGCUGAUCGUGGUGUCCGUUUACUUCCUGGUGGCAAUGGCAUGGGUUUAGCCAGUGGUGUUAAUAGAAGCAUGCCAAUGGCAAGGCCUGGGUUCCAAGGCAUUGCUUCACCAUCUAUGGUUACUGGGAGUAUGGUUUCCCCUAGUAUAUCAUCAGCAAAUAUGCACUCUGGAGUUGGCUCUGGUCAAGGAAGCUCCAUGUUGAGACCUCGUGAACCUAUGCACAUGAUGCGGAUAAUUAUGUGGUCUUGUAGCCUGGCCUGAGUCAGGAUUCGCAGAGGCAAAUGAUGGCGCCUGAGCUUCAGAUGCAGGCCUCACCAGGAAACAGCCAAGCUCACUUUGGUGGAUUGAGUUCGGCAUUCCCUAACCAGACCGUGUCUCCACCAGUGUCCUCGUACCCUCUCCAUCAUCAGCCGACCCAUCCAAUAUCACCUCAGCCUCAAGUCCUUGGUCCUCAUCACCCACAUUUUCAAGGACCACCUAAUCAUUCCCCAAAUCCUCAACAACAAGCCUAUGCAGUGCGCUUGGCUAAAGAGAGACAACAUCGUCUUCUGCAACAGCAGCAGCACCCAGUACAGCCACAGCAGCCACAAUUUGCUGCAUCUAGUUCUUUGAUGCCACAUGUACAGUCACAGUCACCUACAGUACAAAACAGUUCACAAGUUCAACCUCAAACAGCUACACCACCGGUAUCACUUUCCCCGUUGGCAUCAGUUUCAUCAGUGCCCCAGCAUCAGCAGAAGCAUCAAGUACCAGGUCAAGGAGGCGUACGGAAUGCACAAGCUGGUGGGAGUGGGCUAGCUAAUCAAACUGGGAAGCAACGGCAAAGGCAGCAACAACAGCUUUCGCAAGCUAACAGGCAACAUCCUCAGCAGCGGCAGCAGUCACAAGCUCAACAGCCAGCUAAGGUUGCAAAAGGGGUUGGGAGAGGUAGCCUGAUGAUGCAUCAGAACAUCCCAGUUGAUCAUUCGUUAGGAAAUGGGGUUUCCACAAGUCCCGGGAAUCAGAGUUCUGAUAAAGGAGAUGCAUCCGCUCAUUUAAUGUCAAGUCAGGGCUCAUUUGCCAAUUCUGCACUGAAUACUGUGCAGCCAACAGGUCAAUAUGCGUCUCCACGGCCACCUAACCAGUCCCUUACGCAGCAAAAGAAUUAUCCUGGCCAAGCUGCCUCAUCAACCAAGCAUCUAUAUCAAAUGCCUUCUCAGCCUGAUAGUAGUAGUCAAGGUAAUGUUCCAGCUGUGCCUUCGGCCCUGUCGGGUUCAAACCACCAGCAGACAUUAUCCCACCAGAAGUUAGUGAAUCAAAACCAAUCUACUCUUCAAAGACUGCAGCCAAAUCGCCAGAUAAAUUCUGAUCCAGCAAAAUCACAAGCAGUAAAUUCAGACGCUGACCAGCAUCCAACAAGCAGUUCUACUGAUAUGGUUGCCACGACAACAUUACCUCAGACCACUAGUAAUACAACUAAUGUGGCAAAGGUUGUCUCUUCAGCCAAUGCUCAUCAACCAACAUUGGAUGGGCAUGCAACAAAUAUGAGUCGCACAGUGUCAAUGCCAGCAAAUGCUGUUGAGUCUGCUACUCAGGUUGGCCAAGAGCUUGGCCAGAGACCACUGGCCACCAUGCCUUCUAAUAAACACGAUGUUAGUGCACACUUCCAGCAGCAGCAUCAGCAGUCGUCACAACUUCCACAUCCUAAUUCACCAGUGUCCCAGCAGCCCCUUCAUUCUCAGCAGGGGCAGCUUCUUCAAACAGGUAAAGGCAAUUUGUAUGGUCGGCCUGGUGACCAUAGUGUGGAAUGAAGAUGAGCCAAAAGAUUGUGCGGUGAUGAUAAUGCUGUUCAUGUCUGGUUGGCAUACUCUUACACACCAGUGUACAGUGUAGCUUGCGCUUGUGGUUCUGUAAGGGCACGGAGGAAAACUGACACGGUAAUCAAAUUCAAGAGCUCUACAAACAGUGAGACACGAGGCUGCUCAAAUUUUUGGGAACAAUGUAUAUUAGAAGUGCCCGUAGGGCUUCGGGAAGAUGGAGACGAAUAGUAGAGGUAGGUGUACAGAGUCUCGUCUCUCGUUUUGUUACCUUUUUUUCUUAUGCCCCUUUAUGUUAUUGUGGUGAGGUAGGGUAGGGGCCAUAAAUUGUUUUGAGCGAGUGAUGCAUUGUUGCCCCAUAGGGCGGGCCGUCGUCAUUGUUAUGGCCGAAGGCUAUGGGAAUAUUUUGUGAAUAUUAAUUAGUGUUGUUGUGUAUAAAACACACUCUAGUCAACAUUCCUUCAAAUAGUGGUCCAUGCAUCAUCCCCUGUAUAUUGCUGUUGUAAUUUGUCCCAAGAUUUGAACAAUGAGGAAAUCAAAAGAUAUGCCCAGGCUCUUUUCUUACUA